UAAUAAUUUUCUCUCACCUCAUACUCCAAAACCUGUGUUCGGCAUCUCCUUCCUCCUCCUCAGUCCUCCCGGAUUCUCCUUCCCUUAAAACCCUAACAACAAAAGCAUCGUCUUGUAGUUGCAGUUGUAUUUAUAGUCGGCGCCGACUCUGUCGGCCACCUCCCCUUCUCUUCUGCUUCUAUUCUCGUGUGGAGGUUGAAGUUUCUUACUCUCUUGAUAUUCUUGGUAAUCAUAUAUCACGUAUCCAGGUUUGUUUUGGGGUUUUCUCCUUAAACUCUACAACAAGCAGGAUGUCAGACCGUUUGACACGUAUUGCUAUAGUGAGCUCAGAUCGGUGCAAGCCUAAAAAGUGCCGUCAGGAGUGCAAAAAGAGCUGUCCCGUGGUUAAGACAGGGAAAUUAUGUAUCGAGGUUACACCAUUAACAAAACUUGCUUUCAUCUCGGAGGAACUGUGCAUUGGAUGCGGUAUUUGUGUCAAGAAAUGCCCUUUUGAAGCAAUUCAGAUCAUUAAUCUUCCAAAAGAUUUGAGCAAGGAUACUACACACCGUUAUGGCCCCAACACUUUCAAAUUACAUAGGCUACCUGUCCCAAGACCAGGGCAAGUUCUUGGCUUAGUGGGAACAAACGGCAUUGGGAAGUCAACUGCUCUCAAAGUUUUGGCUGGAAAAUUGAAGCCCAAUUUGGGGAGGUUCAAUAACCCACCUGACUGGCAAGAGAUCUUAACAUAUUUCCGUGGAUCAGAACUGCAAAAUUAUUUUACGCGCAUAUUGGAAGAUAAUCUAAAGGCCAACAUCAAGCCCCAGUAUGUGGAUAACAUUCCAAAGGCAGUACAAGGAAAUGUUGGAGAGGUCUUAGAUAAGAAAGAUGAGAGAGACAUGAAGCUUGUACUCUGUGAAGAUCUGGAGCUUAAUAAAGUCCUAGAUCGCAAAGUGGGUGAUCUAUCUGGUGGUGAACUGCAGAGGUUUGCCAUUGCAGUUGUGGCUAUGCAGAGUGGGGAGAUAUAUAUGUUUGACGAACCUUCUAGUUAUUUGGAUGUGAAACAGAGACUCAAAGCAGCCCGAGUUAUUAGAUCGUUGCUGAGCCCCAAAAGCUACGUUAUUGUCGUGGAGCAUGAUCUUAGUGUUUUAGACUAUCUUUCAGACUUCAUUUGCUGCUUAUAUGGUAAACCGGGUGCAUAUGGAGUUGUGACCCUGCCAUUCUCUGUUAGAGAAGGAAUCAAUAUAUUCUUAGCAGGGUUUGUGCCCACAGAAAAUCUCCGUUUCCGAGAAGAAUCUCUUACUUUCAAGGUUGCUGAGACUCCUCAAGAUAAUGCUGAGGAGAUUGAGACGUAUGCUCGGUACAAAUAUCCAACAAUGUCAAAAGUUUUGGGUAAUUUUAAAAUGCGUGUCGUGGAGGGUGAAUUUACAGAUUCACAGAUUAUUGUGAUGUUGGGAGAAAAUGGUACAGGGAAGACAACAUUUAUCCGUAUGCUGGCUGGUUUACUAAAGCCUGAUAACGUGGAAACUGGGGAUGUGGAAAUACCUGAAUUUAAUGUCUCUUACAAGCCCCAGAAAAUCAGUCCAAAAUUCGCGGGCUCUGUCAGGGCUCUUUUACAUCAGAAGAUAAGGGAUUCAUAUACUCAUCCUCAGUUUAACUCAGAUGUCAUGAAGCCUCUUCAGAUUGAGCAGUUAAUGGAUCAAGAAGUUGUGAAUCUAUCUGGUGGAGAGUUGCAGAGAGUUGCUUUAACUUUGUGUCUGGGAAAGCCUGCAGAUAUUUAUUUGAUAGAUGAACCAAGUGCAUAUCUGGACUCUGAGCAGCGUAUUGUGGCUUCAAAGGUGAUAAAGAGAUUUAUACUCCACGCCAAGAAGACUGCAUUUGUUGUUGAACAUGAUUUUAUAAUGGCAACAUACUUAGCAGACAGAGUAGUUGUCUAUGAGGGGAUACCGUCAGUGGAUUGUACUGCUAAUUCUCCCCAAUCGUUGUUGAACGGAAUGAAUCUUUUCUUAUCGCAUCUGGAUAUCACAUUUAGAAGGGACCCCACUAAUUAUCGCCCGAGAAUUAACAAGCUGGAGUCCGCAAAGGACAGGGAGCAGAAAUCGGCAGGGACUUAUUAUUACCUGGAUGAUUGAUGGAGUUUGCAUUUUUCACCAAGCAUCUGGAUAUCACAAGUAAGCUUCACCCAAGCAUUGAGAAACUAGACUCCAUGAAAGACAAGGGGCAGAAAUCUUAUUCCCUGGACGAUUGAUGUGAAUGUCAUGAGUCUAUGGAAUUGGAUGCUGGCUAUUGUUUGUUGAAGUCUAGAAAACUGAAUGUUGGGAAGAGAUUGUUUUGAGGGUGGCAGUUUUUUUGUAUACUGUUCGUGCGGCCUAUGUACUAAUGUUCUAUGAAGAAUGAGAUCUCUGCUGUUUUGACUAAUUUUGCGCCAAGUUUAGGCAGUAGGUUUCAGGUUUGCUUAUGCUGCUGCAUGUUUGUGGUUCUUAUUAGUGUUACUGUCUGUGUGGAUUCAAGUCAGAAUUAAGGUUGAGAUGUCUUGUGCGAACUAAGGUUCUCACGUUGACUUACUUAAUAGUCUAUACAAAAGUUUAGCUUGUAACAGAUGUUACUCGGGCACUCAUCUAUACACGAUUACACUUUUAAGUGUCCAA